UAACCUUGAUGCGUAUACAAGAACUGCUCAUUGGGUUUGCUAGCAGCACCGAAACCUUACUGAACUAGCCAGAAUCCGUUGUAAAGCCACCAGCAAGCCUUCUAUUUCAUACAAAAGGGGUCAGAAUGCUACGUUCUUCUUAUUUUGACGGAUACACCGACAUAUCCGUGCAGGACGAGCACAAGAAGAACCGGUCUGUGGUGGGAGGCCUCUUCCUGAUACUGAUCGGCUCGUGUGUUCUUGUCGGCUAUGGAAUCUGGACUCUCCAGAACAAGUUCUUCUUCGCGCCCCUGCUCGGCAGUCCGCUAUACAGCCUCGGUGUGUCCGUUAUGAUAGCGGCUGGAGGAAGCGCCCUGGCUACCUGCAUGGCGGACGUCUGCGUAUGUGUCAUCUGUGCAAGGAGCGGCUGCAAGAAACCGUUCCUAGGUCUUCUUGUUAUCAUCGCCUUCUUGGGACUGGCUUCAGGAAUUGUACUGUUCAUAUCAAAGAACGAGCAGGUGGAUGGCACACUUGACGACAGACUUAGAACGUCUCUGGAGCUGCAAUACGGACAGCCAGGAGAAGAGGGCGUGACAGAUGCUUGGGACAGAACACAGGAGAAGCUGCAGUGCUGUGGGGUAGGUAACAACACGUCUGGUUACCUUGCCUGGAGGAGGAGCAUGUGGUACGCGAACCAGACAGACGUCAGCCCCAGUGCGCAGGUGCCGCAGAGCUGCUGCCUUGUGGAUGACGUCACGGGACAAGCACGCCAAUGUCAGUUUGACGUGCCGAACCAGUUCCUGAAUGACAAGGGGUGCCAAGACGAUGUUCAAAACGUGUUUUUCGAUCACGCUAAAGAGCUGGGGAUAGCGGCAACUGUGGUCAGUCUUAUUGAGCUGAUGAUUCUCCUGGUGACGCUCAGCACACUCCGAGAUCUUCAGUAAUUAUCAUCAUCGUGAUCAUCAUAUCGUCACUUGAACUUCAUUGUAAUGUUGAUAUGAUACGUAACUAGAUUUCUCAUGUGACUAGAUUGACACAACAGCGUCAUUCUCAAAUUUAAUGUUGCAUUAACCCGUCAGUGGUAACAUGUAUAUCACAAGUAAAUUGUACCUUCACUUAUAUUUGUAUUGAUAUUGAAUGACAAGUUGUUUUGGGAAUUCGGAAGCAGUUUCUCGGAAUAAAAGAAUUAUAGAUCUU